CCUUUAAAACUUCAAUUCCAUUGGUUUAGAUGAAGUAGUUUAGGGGAAUUUGCUAAAUAUGUAUGUCCGGAUCAUAACAUUUGUUCUGAACGGUCAGUUAGAAGACUUACGGUCAGACGUGUAACUGUAAUUGAAUUUCGGAAGUUGUUUUAACGCUCUCUGUAAAGAUUUACUUUGUGUUGUCAAGGAAUUUAAACUUCUGUGCGCAUUAAUAUCACAGUCGGUUUAUUUACCGACAUUAGAUCACUGACAGGAAUCCAGACGAUGUCUUCUUUCAAAGAAUUUUUACUGACUUUCUUCAUGCCAGACAAAUGUUAUGAACAGUUUUUCCUUUAUUACAACUUUAUGCACGUACCCUGUCUGAAGAUUAUCCUGAGUAAGACUAUGGGAAUAUUUAUUUUGAUGGGAACUGCUUUUGCCCCGUUGCUUCAGAUUUGGAAAGUUCUUUGGUCUGGCAGUUCUAUUGGACUGUGUCUGAUUUCUGUUUUUUUAGAACUGUUGGCCAUCUCUGCCUAUACUGCUUUCUGCUACAAACAACACUUUCCCAUUGGAGCCUGGGGGGAAGGUUUAUUCACACUGAUCCAGAUUGCUGUCCUCGCUUUUCUCAUUCAGCACUACAGAGGGAAAACCAUUAAAGGUAUAUAUUUCCUUGCUCUAUACUGUGGCUUUAUGUUCCUCCUGGCUUCACCUUUGACCUCUGUGUCAGUGGUUUGGACCAUGCAUGAAUGGAAUGUGCUGUUGGUUAUUGCUGGCAGAUUGAUCCAGGCAUGCAGUAACUACAGAUGCGGUCACACAGGGCAGAUCUCUGCUCUCUCUGUUGUUCUGGUGUUUCUCGGCUCUCUAGGCCGUAUCUUUAGUUCACUACAGGAGACGGGCCUUUCUUUCUCGACUCAGGUGCAUGCACUGGCCAGUUGUUGCAGUGGGAUGAUCCUAGCACAGGUUUUGUUAUACUGGAAUAAAUGUAUGACAAGCAAAGAGCAAGAGGGGCAAGUGGAGAAAGAGAAGGCUGAAUAGAAGAGUCAUGCUGGGUGAAAGGAUCUAGGGGAUUUGUUUUGAAGUCAUCAAGACAUUUAAAGAUAUUGAAAUUACAGACAGCAUGUCCCCCAGUGUUGCUUAGGAGCUGUGUUGACGGUGAGGUAAGGUUUGUUUGCUGGGUCCGGUUGUGUAGUCUUGGAUCUGUCUGCUUUGUGGGAGGUCUUCUCUGUGUGGCAUGUGUGUGUUUCCGGAGUGAUGAAAACUCGCUGAAACAUGAGUUAUAAAGCGUGUGUGUAUAUGCGUGUGGUUUUCUCCUUAUCUACCUGUCCGACAGAUCUCAAUCUACCAUCAUAAUGAUCUAAUCUGCUUGUCUGUGUGGAACCCCAUGUCAUGCAUGUGAUUUUGUACCCUGUUCAUGAGGGUCUGAAAUAAUUGUGUGUUUACGUGCACACUGCAUAUGAAGACUUGGAAGAAUUAUGUGUUAUUCUGUUAAAAAUAAAGUGAUUUAGGCUACAUGAAUGUUUCAUGUUUAUAACUUUUACGUGUGACAUUUUAGAAAUAUGUGAGUUUGUGUCUGUAUUAUCUCGGCACUUUGAUCUGUGUUGUUUGGUUGUGUCUGAUAGCAGUCCAUUGAUGCAAUUCUUCCUUAAAUCUGAAGAAUGUGGUCUUGACGUUUGGUGAGUAUUUCUAUCUAUGUGGGCUUCAUGGGAGUGGCUUUUGGCUGAUGAUGAUACAGAUCUGACUGUAGACUGCAAUUCAUGGUGUUUUAAAUUUUUGAGCAAACACAUUUUGAGCAGAUAAAACUUCUGAAUCAAUGCAGAGGCGUUUAUCUGUAUGUUUCUCGGUGCACUUUUGGCCAUGUGGACUCUCUUGAAAAACUUUUCAUACUUUCACUACACUCCAAAUAACCUGCAAUAGUUACUUAAGUAUCUAUUUUUACUUGAUCUAACCUGUAACAUUUAUUUUGUUCUUGUAACCUAAUUUAGUCAGGUAGGUUGGUUUAGCCAUGUUGACUUCAGUAGAACCAGUUCAUUUAGAUGUUACCCCAUAAAGCACGUUUUUUAGGUUACCUGACAAGUACAGUAUUUAAUUUGUG